GGCUGUUUUCCCCCCGGGGGGGGUGUUUCCCCCCCCCGGUGCAGCUGCAGGCGGAGGCAGCGCGGGCAGCCACCCUCCAGGCCGAGACGAGGGCCCAGAAGCAGCAGCUGGAGGAGCAGAAGAUGAAGCUCCACGAGCUGGAAAUCGAGCGGCGUCGCCUCCAUAACUUAAUCCAGGAGCUCAAGGGCAACAUCCGUGUGUUUUGCCGCGUGCGGCCUGUGUUGCCUGAGGAGCAGGAGCGGCAGAAGGGGCUGGAGCAUCUCCAGUUCCCCCCCGAGGACAACACCACCCUUGUCCUCUCCAGGCUGGAUGAGAAAAAGCCCCACCUGGGCCGCGAGCGCCGAGGCGACGUACGCUACGACUUCAGCUUCGACCGCGUCUUCCCCCCGUCUUCCUCCCAGCAGGAGAUCUUUGAGGAGAUCGCUCUGCUGGUGCAGUCGGCGCUGGACGGGUACCACGUCUGCAUCUUCGCCUACGGGCAGACGGGGAGCGGAAAAACCUACACCAUGGAGGGGCCCGAGGGGGGGGACACCCAGAGCAGGGGGGUGAUCCCCCGCGCCGUGGGGCAGCUCUUCCAGGGAGCCCAGGAACUGGAGGAAAAGGGCUGGAAA